AUGGACAGACAAGAAGACAAUGGCGAUGGUCUGUCUUGGUACUACUUAGACAGUGUCCAGAAGGAGUUUGGACCGUUUGCCCAAGUAACCAUGCGAGAGUGGUUCACGCAGGGCUUUUUUCCGAAUGGCUCAGAGCUCAUGAUCAGGCUACCUCAUUGGAAGCAUCAUGUGGCUCUGAAGACGGUGUGGCCCGAUGUUUCAGAAGCCUUCAUGGGGCUUCCUCGGACGUCUGCCAUGGCGGCAUCAGUGCCACAGGCAUUUGGCGGCCCUGAUGGAGCCUUUGAUGUGUACCCAACAGAUCUGCAGCCCAGCGCAGGAGCAAGGAGACCGGAUGAUUUGUCCUACCUCGCUGAUGCCAUGCAGCCCACUGGGGCUGGGUAUUGGGGCAGCGUUGACGCCGCGGCCCAGUCAGCUCGGUGGCUUUGCUGGGAUGAUGGUGCCAAGACCUCAGUAUCUUUGCUGAAUUGGCUGGAUCUGCGAAUCCCAGCUGACACUUGGGAGUGCCAGAGUGCCAUGCGCAGGCCGAUGCAGGCAGCCAAUAUGCCCCAGUUCUCCGGGCAGCUACUGCAGCUGCAAAUGCAGCCAUUUACCGGCCGGGACCGCAGCUCUUUUCACGUGCAAGCAAAGCUCAAGCUCCAGGCAAUCGGGCGGCAGGGCGCUUUCGUGGUAGAAUAA